UUUUUUCUUUGCUUCAUAGUUCCUCUUUUAGAUAAGGAACUUUCCAAAGUGAGGACCAAGUUUGUGGAGAUGGUGAACAGUGCAGUUAUUAAGCAGCUCCUGGAUGAUCUUUUAGAGGAUGGCAUCAUGAAUGAGGGAGAAGUAGACUCAAUACUUCACAAGAACAGUACCAGGACAGACAGAGCACGUUCCCUCAUUGACACAGUGAAGAGGAAAGGAGAUGAAGCCAGCAAGAGGUUCAUUGAUCAUCUUUAUAAAAGAGAUCCUACACUUCACAAAGACCUGGGUCUGUCCUCUGGUCACCCUGUUCAGUCAGCUGCAGAGUCCCUGACGGACAAGGGAUGGUCAACUACACUCAUCCCAACAACGGAUGAAUUCUGGAGGGAGAAACAGAAUGAUAGAAGAGUUUACACCGUGACCAAAAAUUCCAUCAGACAUCGUGUGGCCUUGCUAAUCACUAACAUAGAGUUUACUGACGAGGUAAUGAACAGAAGAGGAGCAGAGAAAGACGAGGACAACAUGGAGAAACUGCUCACAGCGCUGGGAUACGAGGUGGUGAAAUACACAAACCUCACUGGAAAGGAGAUUGAAGAAGCUGUAAUUAAGUUCUCCAGGCAUCCAAAACUGAGAGAGACAGACAGCAUGUUUGUGGUUAUCAUGUCUCUAGGGAAAGAGGGAGCUGUCCUCGGUGUCAACUAUAAAAAAGGCGAUCCGGACAGAGAACAGGACAACUUCCCCAUUGAUAACAUUUACAAACACUUGGACACAGAGCAUUGUCCACAGCUGCUGAACAAACCCAAGAUCAUCAUCAUCCAGGCCGGCAGAGGAGAGAAAGGAGGAGCUGUGCGACAUGCACAACAAGAAAAAGACUUCAUACGUUUUCUUUCUAGCACACCUGGUACCGCCUCAUACAGACAUACAGAGAAUGGGUCUUUUUUUAUCCAGUAUAUUGUUGAUGUUCUGAACACCUUCGCAUGUAAGGAUCACAUUGAGGAACUUUUCGGAAGAGUCAUACACCGCUUUGACGAGGAUUUCCUCUCUCAGACCAAAAAGCAGAUGCCAACCAAAGACAGAUGCACUCUCACUAAGAACUUCUACCUCUUUCCUGAGAGGGAACCAUUACUUCCAGCUGUCCAAGAAUCAUCCAAUCAGGACUCAACAUCUGUUGUGACCCACAGUAACAGCAACAGAGCUGUGAUCUCAACAGUGUCUGAAGUCAAUGAAACACCGGCCCAGGACCAGGAAGCUGCUGAGGCCCUAAAUCCUAGUAAUGAUACUGAGAGGACCCAAACCAACCUGACGACCAACAGUCUACCCAACAUCAGACAUGAGACGGCAGAGCCUGAAAGCAGUACCCUUCUGUGA